AUGGCCUGUAAUCACCCUAUGCUUGCGAAAGAGUACGAGCGUGUGAGAGCUGGGAAGCCGCCUGUGAUUCUUGAUACGACACGGUAUCAAUUGGAAAUGCUGCCUGUGAAUAAGAGAAACGAUGAAUCUGCUUGGAAGCAGGCACUUCAGAAGGCUCAGCGCUUGUCACAGCAUCAAGUGAUCAGGCUGGAAAAUUUGGAAUUGAUGUCUAAAUAUGGUCCUGAUGUCUGGAAGCAGCACAACCAACAAUUAGAAGCAUUCUUAUCCAGAAUGCAAAGAUUAGCGCAUGAACAAAAUGAAAAGAUUGAAGCCGUAAAUCGUGAAAGAAAAUACCACCAGCAAAACACUGCAUACGAGUUCAAUGCUUUGUCCAUGCAAUGGAAGGAGCUUUGUGCAAAAAAUAUAGAAAUUCAAGCUGCAUGUGCUAAAAUUGAAAGUCAGAUAGAGGAAUUGAGGCAAGAAGCUGCUGAGAGAGGUUGGAACUUGGACGUUGAUAUGGAGAAAGGUUCUUUGUUGCAUUAAGGAAGGGUCCCAUUGGAAAGUUGAGGAGCAUACAAGUAAAGUGGUGUGUAACCAAGAAGUGGUCUCCAUUUUCCGUCAUGAUUCUGCAGUUUUGGUUCAUUACAAAUUCCUGGAAGACCUUUAGGUACAAGAUUAGUUGCUUUCAGUUUUAUUCUAGUUGUUUGGUGAGAUCUGUUGUAUCUCAAUGUGAUUGUUAAAGUUAAAAGUGAAUUUCAUUAUGUGCCUACAUAGAGAAGUCAAAAUGCAGAUAUGUAAUUUGGAUUUUGGGCCUUGCUAUGAAUAUGAAACAUUAGCUCAUUUAUUA